AUGUCUUUAGCUUUGACUAAUGAAGAAGUUCUCCAAGGAAUUGUUGAAACUCUUUUUCCGCUGAGAUAUCGCAUCCCACAACUGAGGCUAGUAAUGAAUGGCCAGAAAAAGAAGGGUGAAGGUAGAUAUGGGGAGGCUGGCCAGGGCAGAGCUGGAGGAAGCUCUGUUGGGGAUGCCUUAUACUUUUUUUCAAUUGACGAUGAACAAUAUAUCAAAACCACUAUUAAUAGGGUUUUUGAAAAUGGUAAUGUUGGUGGCUAUACUGAUUCGGGUAUCUAUGAUAACCGAAUUCCUUGUUUUGGUAGUGGAGGCCAGUAG